AUGAGUGAGGCAGAGUGUCGCCUGUUCGAGCUGCUUGACAAGGCUGAGGUGGCAGAGUUGGGCGUCGUGCCACUCGUGUCUCUGCAGGAGGCGUGUACGGGGGUGCCGUACGUGUCGUCCAGGCUCACAGGCAGGCGGCGGUACCAACUCUACCGCGGCCUGCUCCUGGACCGGCCUCCGACGGCGGUGCCCGACACGUUUCGACAGCAUGCGGGAGAGGCGGGCGAGGAUCACAAGAAGGUGGCGGCACGACUCGGGGAGGUUCUGGGCGGAGACGACCUGCUGGAGGAGGCGGAACUGCAGGGGUUUGUCUACUACUUUGCGUCCAAAACCGGGUGCCACUUCGACGAUGCGAUGACGGGCAUCACGCUCGUACUUGCUACGGUGGUUGCUGCCGCAGAGUUGCCUUCCGGCGCGGAAAAACUUUGCCGGCUUUACCAGCUGCUUGAGGUGUUGCUUCAAGAUUUUGUUGUGCCCACCGCGUCUCGUGCCCUGGACACCUCCCUUGUGCCGCUGCUACGCCUGCUGUUGCAGUACCAUGACCCGUGUCUUGCACGUCACCUUGACCAGCGUGUUGUCAACAUUGGGGUGGUGCUCCUCGACUGGGUGCGACGGCUCUUUGUGGUGGGGGACAACUUUCAAACGGCGCUCGGUGUCUGGGACUGGCUGCUGAUUGUGGGGGACCCCACAAUGGCGGUGUACUUCGCUCUCUCGUACCUCAUAGCCUACCGCCAACGUCUUCUUGUGAUGAAAACUCACGAAGAGUUGACUGAGGCGCUCCAAUCCCUCGUUUUUGUGCUGCCAACACGAAAGGAGGACGCGGUGGACCCCGCGCUGCACGACGGUAGACCAGUUUCGUUCCUCCCGCUCAGGUCCGGUAAGUCGCUCGCGCAGAACGCAGACAUUGCCUACCAAAAUACGCCGCAUUCUACCCGGCGUGUGAUCGACGCCUUGGUAUUUCCUGGCGAGGGCGGUCUGAGCAAGAGCCCCGAGGCUUUGGAAAAGUAUUACACCGCCUACACGGCCUUGCCGCUGGAGCGUUCCGAUUUUGCUGAGUCCUUCGCCGUGCAGCCUGCCGCGCAAAUGGAGCUGGCUGCACUGAGUUACAUCGUUUUGGACUGCCGUUCCCGUACGAGUUUUGACUUUGCCCGACUUGCAAGCGCCAUUCACGUAGGGGAUGAUAUCGGUUUCGAUAACGCAAUGUUUGACAGGCUAGCUGCGACGCUGCAUGACGUCAAGGGGGCCCAUCUCUGCAUCUUCGGCACGGGUCGGCCCAUCACAGGCGAGUUCAACCUUCUCAAAAUGUUCUCUCUGCACCUCGUGCAGUGCGGUUUCCCGUACGUCAGCAUAGGCGGGUUUCGUACCCUUGUUCCGCUCAUCGAGGCGCGCGCCAUCACCAUCACGCGAACCUCAGCGGUUGACAUGGCACGAGGGGAGGUUAGAGAUUCCGUGGCGGCGUUGAAGAACGGUUUGGCGGAGAUGCUGCCGCACAUUGAGUUUGACAAAGAGGAGGCUCGUCGAAAGGCGGAGGUGGUUGGCCACAAGGCAAGGGAAGGCGUACAGGCGGUGAAGUCAUGGGGGUGGGGCAUAGUACAGCGCAUGAGCCAGCGACUGGCAUCCAGCAGCACACCAUCCUGUAAGACAAACCUUACGGCGACUACAGAGAUGAGUGAAAAUACAAGCGGUGGCGGCAGCGGCGGUGGUAUCGACGCUGGAGCUGGAACUGGCGGUGUUGUCAGUCGAGAUGGUCGUGCCCAUCGGCUGACACGUGCGACAGCCGCUCAGCGUGUGUUCUCGCUGGGCGUUGACGACUACACGGAUGAUGAGGACGAUUUGGAUCUCAUCACCAGCGUUCCUUUGUACACCGGCACUACCAUCGCCUACCGGGGGGGAGAGCAACUUGUGAAGGGGACUCUUGUGGAGGCGUCAUCCUCACGAUCUGAGGGAGAGGUGAAGGCCUCCCCCGUUGCAGCAAACCCCGUGUCUCCCCCAAUAGAAAAUAGCCUUCUUAAGGGAAUAGAUGAGGAGUUCGAUCGACUCUUCGGUGACUUCGUCCCACCGCCUGGCUCUUCGUCUCAGGCGGAAGCGGCAUCGCCAGAAAAAGAGCACGUGAGUACGGGCGAUGCGGAUGCUGACACCAACAACCCAUGA